GGCGGCAGCGGCGGCGCCAGGAGCUGCUGCAACAGAGGCGGCGGCUGCUGCAGGACGCGUCCGGGCGGCUCGUCCAAAGCCCCAGCCCCGGGGCGCUGGGCGGUGCCCCGCCUGCUGCUGCUGCUGUCCGCCCGCCGCCUGGGCCCCCGCUGCCGCCCGCGCCCCGGCCACAGCCCGCGCCCCCGGAGGCCCCGCCAGCGAGUGCGCCCCAGCCGGCACGCCGCCCCCGGCCGGGUCUCCACUUCUCCGCCGCACCGCCCAUGACAGCGCCCGCGAGAAGAUGGCUGCGAAGGGCGCGCACGGCUCCCACCUGAAGAUGGAGAGCGAACUAGAGCGGUGCCGCGCCGAGGGCCACUGGGACCGCGUGCUCGAACUGGUCCGGCAGAUGCAGACGCUAGUGCUGCCCGGCGGCGGAGGCAGCCGGCGAGCCAGCCCGAGUGCCGCGUUCCACUCUCAGGACGCUGAUGACUUUGGGAAAUUGCUCCUGGCCGAGGCCCUCCUGGAGCAGUGUUUGAAGGAGAACCAUGCCAAGAUAAAAGACUCCAUCCCUUUACAGGAGAAGAAUGAGCCGAAAAUGAAUGAAGCCAGAAACUAUCUGAGUAGUGUCCUUAACCACGGGAGGCUGUCACCACAGUACAUGUGUGAGGCCAUGCUGAUCCUGGGCAAGCUGCAUUACGCAGAGGGCUCAUACCGAGAUGCCACCAGUAUGUAUGCACGGGCCGGGAUUGACGACCUGUCUGUGGAGAACAAGCCCCUGUAUCAGAUGCGUCUGCUGGCAGAGGCCUUAGUCAUCAAAGGUAGGUCCCCAACCUGGCUCGGUGCCUACUGCUCCCUGUCUCCUGCUCUCUACUCUUGCCAGCACACCUCCAGCUUCUUGGGGGAACACAGUCCUGGUGGUCAGAGGUCCUGCAGGGGAGGCCUCUCGCUGGAACGCCUACCCAACUCCAUCGCUUCCCGCCACCGCAUGACUGAGAGAGAGGAGGAAGUGAUCGCCUGCUUCGAGAGGGCCUCUUGGAUCGCCCAGGUGUUCCUGCAGGAAUUGGAGAAGAUCACAAACAACACAACGUCGCGGCAGCUGAAAGGCUCCAACCCGGUUGACUAUGAGCUCAGCUACUUCCUGGAAGCCGCCCUCCAGAGCGCUUACGUGACAAACCUGAGGAAGGGGAACAUCGUGAAAGGCAUGAGAGAGCUCCGGGAAGUCCUGCGCUCUGUGGAGACCAAAGCAACUCAGAACUUCAAAGUGGUGGCGGCCAAGCAUUUGGCAGGGGUCCUGCUGCACUCCCUGAGCGAGGAGUGCUACUGGAGCCCCCUGUCCCACCCGCUGCCCGAGUUCAUGAGCAAGGAGGAGAAUUCCUUCCUCACGCAGGCCCUGCGGAAGCCUCACCUCUACGAAGGAGAUAACCUCUACUGCCCGAAGGAUAACAUUGAGGAAGCCCUCCUGCUGCUCCUCAUCAGCGAGUCCAUGGCUGCUCGGGAUGUGGUGCUGAGCCGGGCGCCAGAGCAGGAGGAAGACCGGGAGGGGAGCCUGCGGAACGCCUCAGCAAUCUAUGACCUCCUGAGCAUCACGCUGGGCAGGAGGGGGCAGUACGUCAUGCUCUCUGAGUGCCUGGAACGAGCCAUGAAGUUUGCAUUUGGGGAAUUCCACCUUUGGUACCAAGUGGCCCUCUCCAUGGUGGCGUGUGGGAAGUGGGCCUAUGCCGUGUCACUGCUGCGGGAGUGUGUGAAAUUGCGACCCUCGGAUCCCACCGUGCCCCUGAUAGCCGCCAAGGUCUGCAUUGGGUCCCUGCACUGGCUGGAGGACGCGGAGCACUUUGCCAUGAUGGUUAUUGACCUCGGGGAAGAAGCCGGGGAGUUCCUUUCCAAGGGUUACCUGGCACUGGGUCUCACCUACAGCCUUCAGGCCACCGAUGCGACUCUGAAAUCCAAGCAAGAUGAAUUUCACCGAAAAGCACUGCAGACACUGGAGAGAGCCCAGCAGCUGGCACCCGGCGACCACCAGGUCAUUCUCUAUGUUUCCCUGCAGCUCGCCCUUGUCCGCCAGAUCCCUAGUGCCAUUGAACAGCUGCAGGAAGCCCUGAGAGUGUGCAGAGAUGAUGCCAAUGCCCUCCACCUGCUGGCGCUCCUCUUCUCUGCCCAGAAACACUACCAGCAUGCCCUGGAUGUCAUCAGCAUGGCCAUCGCAGAGCAUCCUGAGAACUUCAACCUGAUGUUCACCAAGGUGAAGCUGGAGCAGGUACUGAAAGGCCCAGAGGAAGCGCUCGUGACCUGCAGGCAAAUGCUGCAGCUGUGGCAGACCCUGUAUAGCUUCUCCCAGCUGGGAGGCCUGGAAAAAGAUGGCAGCCUUGGUGAGGGCCUCACCCUGAAGAAGCAGAGUGGCAUGCACCUGACUCUGCCGGAUGCCCAUGAUGCAGACUCUGGCUCUCGACGGGCAUCGUCCAUCGCAGCCUCCCGGCUGGAGGAGGCCAUGUCAGAGCUGACCGUGCCCAGCUCAGUCCUGAAGCAGGGCCCCAUGCAGCUGUGGACCACGCUGGAACAGAUCUGGCUCCAGGCUGCUGAGCUGUUCAUGGAACAGCAACACCUCAAGGAAGCAGGUUUCUGCAUCCAGGAGGCGGCGGGCCUCUUCCCCACCUCACACUCAGUCCUCUACAUGCGGGGCCGGCUUGCCGAGACAAAGGGCAGCUUGGAGGAGGCCAAGCAGCUGUACAAGGAGGCGCUCACAGUGAACCCCGAUGGCGUGCGCAUCAUGCACAGCCUGGGUCUGAUGCUGAGUCGGCUGGGCCACAAGGGCCUGGCCCAGAAGGUGCUGCGGGACGCUGUGGAGAGGCAGAGCACUUGCCAUGAGGCGUGGCAGGGCCUGGGCGAGGUGCUGCAGGCCCAGGGCCAGAGCGAGGCUGCUGUUGACUGCUUCCUCACUGCCCUUGAGCUGGAGGCCAGCAGCCCGGUGCUGCCCUUCUCCAUCAUCCCCAGAGAGCUCUGACCACUGCCGCUGCAGAGAGGAAGAGGGCUGCCCACAGGGCCGGUGGGCCAGCAGGGAACCUGGGGCCUCCAGGAAAUACAGCUCUAGGGAAACGCUUCUGCAGGCUGCAGCCCUAGUUCUCCCCCCGUCGUGCCUUGCCUUCAGGGCCAGCUGGGUCUGGGAGUUGCUCAUCUGGAGCUGGGUGGACAAGAUUUGCAUCAAAAGCAAAUUCCUUGCUCCUUAGGACUCAGACAGACAUGAUGAUGUUUAUGAGCAGGGAAGUAACUGGGAGGCCACAUCAGCACAGGGGCCCCUCCCCGAGUGUGCCUUGUCUGAGUGUCCCGUCAGGGUCUGUGUGUCUUGGGUACCUCCCCAACCCAUCCAGGAGCCCCUGGACCCUGCCACCCUCCCUGCACAUCCCUGACUCUGGAUUUCUCGACUUUGCACAGACUUUGGUCUCAAACUUCAGCUCUCUUCUCUGCAACACCAUAGACAAACCCCACUGGGCUGCCCUCUGGCUGGGCAGAGAGGGCUUUCCCAGGCACCCCGGGAGAAAGUCUGCUUGAACCCCAAGUGACUUAGACUCAUGGUGACUGGACUUGCUCCCUGAGUGCAUGGGUGGGGGAGCCCCAGAGCUCUGUUUUCCAUACACCGUGCCUCUGGGCCUCAGGCUGUCCCAUGGCCCUGGUCUCAUCCCCGGUCUCGGCUCUUGCCCAGGGCAGCCACAGCUGGAAGAAUCUGCUGGCAAGUGAGAAAAGGAUGGGAUCUCUGGGUCUGAGUUAGUGGAUGAUGCCUGGCAUUGCCCCCUCUUCCCAUGAGGCCAGUUGGGCCCCACUGUGCCCCUCCCUUCUGCCAAGUGCCUUCGGGGCCUCUGGUCCUAGUCCAGAGCACUGAGCACUGGCCCUACUAACCUUCCGUUUCCACCCACCCGCACCUCCCUGGAAACAUGCCCAAGCCUGGGCAGCCUCCUUAGGCCCUAGGCCAUAGCCCCUAGGAUGGGCCUCAGGGAACAAACCUGGCUGCUGGACCCAGCCGUUUCUGAUACCUUGUGUCAACACAUCGGUCCUUCAAGCCUUACCUUUUUGGACAAUGGGUACAAUAGAGACCCCUCUAGGGGAAAUAAUGUGGAAGUGGGCAGUCUCUAGGACUGUCCCCAGUACAUCUAACGACCCACAGCCUAUUUUCACCUCAGGCUUUCUUGGGUGACCAGAGCCCAACCCUGGACAUUUGGUUCCUCCUGCCUGGGGCCAAAUAGGGACUGUGGCUGGAGACCCGAGGAAGAGAGGAGCCCAGCCCCUCCUGUCUGGUUGAGCGGGCCUCUGUGUCCCUGGCGGAUCCUUGUGAGCAGGGGUCCCCGGGGCUGGCGGGUGGCUGCCUUGCCUGCUGGCACCCCUAGCCCUGCUGUGAGCUCUGGGGAUUCUCCCUGGGAUGUCAGCCUCCGACAGGCCUAUCAGGGAAGUCCUUUUUUAUCUACACUUUGGGUUUUACUUUUAAAGGUCUAUCUGGUACAUUUCUCAACUUAAGGUGUGUGGAAGGGGCUGCCCUGGUUUGCCAUAGCCCAGUCUGUUCCCGGGGGGGAAGGGCUGCUGGGGAGCCACCCCCCUGCUGUGCUGGCUCAGCACUGCACACUCAGGUGCUUCCAGGCAGGGCCCGUUCCUCCUGGCCUCCCGGGCACUGCAGGGACACCAGAUCAUUGCCUCUUGGUUGGGGGAUCUCUCUAUACAUGUAUGUGUGUGUGUAAAUAUAGAUAUAUAUAUAUACAUAUAUAUAAAUGAUAGAGAUUUAUUUUUAUUCUGGAAUUCUGUUAGAAAAGUUAGCAAGAAAAAGUGAAUGCUAUUAAUUUGCCUUAGGGUGCCCAAAGAUGCUGGUAGGAAAGGCACCAGAUGCAUUUGACUUGAAGGAUUUCUUAUAAGGCAGCCUCAGAGGCCUGGGCCAAGUUGAUGACAGUUCCAAAUAAAAGUCUUGAAUAAAGAGGUGGUUGAAAGGGAAGCAGGUUUGUGUAAAGCAGUGUUCAUUCGUCUGACAAGUACCCCCAAACAGGCCUUGAGCUGGCCCCCAAGGAGUUCUGCAGGAAGAGGCCGGAGAAGUCAGGAAGGCCAGGGUGGGGUGGGAGUGGGGGGUUGCUGAGGAGACUGUGGUUUGAGCCUGGUGAGUGGGUAAGAGAAGGUGAGGGCUUGGGGAGGACGCAGAGGUCAAGAGGUGGCUGGGAAGAGGCAGAGGAGUCCAGGCACGAACGUUCUGGGCUUGAGGCCCCUGCUGCCUCCAGCUGGAAGAGCCCAGACCCAAACUUGUCAUCUGAACAGCAGACUGUCAGACGGGCCACCUGCACUGAGAAGUCCAUAUAAUAUGUUAGACCACACUUUAAUGUACUAUGUAUAUGAUAAGAUAUGCAUCAAAAUUUUGAAGCAUGACAUAAAUUUACACAGCUCUA